CCCCUCGGGGCGGCGUUGUUGUAAAGGGGACCGGGGCUGGCGGCCGGAUUCUUUUCUCCCCCGGACCCCGCCGGGCCGGUAGAGUAGCGGAAUAGUACUUGCUUCAAGCAGUUGCGCAAAGCACCCAACUCUUUUGCAGCCGUCCCAGGCGCUUACGCUUUGGCCCAGUUGCUCUGACACUUUGCUCGUUAUGUCUUGGGCGGCUGUGGAGAUCCUGGAAUCUCUGCAGAGCAUUCCUGUCAGGACCUACCGCCGACCCAGGAAAACAUGGUUACCUGUAUGCAAUUAGCCUUGUUCCUUCUUGUAGCCUACGGUAUCCGUGAAACUAAACAGAAUGGUUUUGGCUGCCAGCGGCUCAUCUUGGCAUCCCACCUUAAGAACCUGACUGAUUUGAUUGAUAGCCAAAUGAAAACUUCCUGUCUACGGUUUUUUGAAUAUGUGGAUGAAAGGGAACUGGAUAAUACUGAAUGCUUUCUCAAAGCAGCCUAUUUUCCCCUGAAAGAUAUCAUUGAUAGCAUUGAAUUCAAGGAAAACACUCCAAACUAUCUGAAACUCAGACUGGUAAAGGAUUUACACAUGGAGCUUAGAAAAUGCAUUAAACCUCACAGUGAUAAGAAUAAGAAGUGCAUCAAGACCUUCUCUCUGACUGCAGAGGAGACUUUGCAGCUGGUGCACAAAUACUUUAAUGAAGCCAAGCAGUUUCUGAUGAGGGAAAAGUUCACACAUGAUUGCAGCAGCGUCUUCCAGAAGUGUUCAGAAUCAUGGGAAGAAGAGACUGUUUCUCCAGGUGUUGUUACUGCCCUGGAUUGCAAGUGUCCAUCUACAGGCCCGAUCAGUGUAGAAGGCUCGACAUAUCUCGUUCCAACUCCUGAGUCUUUCUCUUCUAUUGCAGACCAGCUGGACAGCAGGAAGGCAGCUGUCAGCAUUCUCCAACGAUUAAGGCUUCCUGACGCUACUCAGAUUCAAAGUGGGUCAGAGAGCAAUUCCAGGUCUAGGGUGCCUAGAAGCACUCAUAAAAGCCAAGAAAUCACCAAAGGCUUGAAUUUCAGGUCUGGCAUUGAUGCCAUAUUACCAUCACCAUCAUCACCCUCUCUUUCUAUCCAGAAACAGUUGGAAUCCAUGGAGACCAGAUCUUCCUCCCUGGAUUCUAGAACUGGUGAAAGCCAGAAAAGAUCCGAUGAAUUAGCUUCUCAGCAUCCCCCUCUCUCUGACUUAGCCAAAUCCUUUCUCAAUGAGCAAUGGUUUGAGAUAAAAGAAAAAACUGAGGCCACUCCAGGACUUGCAUCUGAUCAGGAUAUCGCUGUUGCCAGCAGUGCAUUCAGCUUAACUCUGACAUCAUCUUCCAGCUUGGAGCAAGUAGACAGCUCUAGGGUGCCCUCCAGUGGCAGUCCUCAUGUCCUUGGCCACAAGAAUUCUGUCUCUGCAACACAAGAGCCUUCUAGACUAGUGGUCGCCACAGAGAAUUCCUCAUCCCCCAAACAGAUAUCCCAUGAAAGCUACUCUUGGGAAAAGCAGAGUAGCAGAGAUAGAACCCCCAAUGCAUUGCAAAACACCCAGCUGCGAGAGAGGCGAGAAGAGGGUCUGGCCAAGGACAGGGACUUGGAGGAUAGCAUCCCCGGACCCAGCUUUGAUCUGAACUUCAUUCCUCCGAACGCAGAAAAGCACAUCAAGAAGUCAGAGCCCAGAAAUAUCCAAGGGACGUCUGUGACAUAUGUGGUGAUGCCCAGUGUCCUGGGAAUCCUGCUGGCACUGGGAGGCCUGCUGUUCUACUUGCAUAAAUCCAGGAUCCUAGGAAAGAGGCGGACCCAGCAGAUGGGGAAUAAUGCAGAAGGAACAGAAGAACAGAGGUCACUGAAUGGAGGGGAGGGACAUUUGGAGUUGCAGAUUCAAAGGGAACUAUGAGCUACACCAUUCCCUCUGAAAUGAGAAACUGCCUGGGUUUUGGACUGAAAGCCCCACUUUUAAAAUACAGUUCUCUUGCUAUUAUUGGGAGAAAUUGCACAGAGGAACUCUGGAACUGAAGCCAUGGCAGUACUUUCCCAUGAAGAGUGUUUUCUACACUUUUUUUUUAAUGGGAAGGAAUUUAUCAGGAAAUGGACACUAUUUAUUUCUGGUAGCCAAGGCUGUCAUUCAUUAUUACAAGUUGCCUUUUUUCUGCCACUCAGCCAACAAACUGGAGCUUGAGAAAAGGAAGAUGGUCACUUGGACUGCAAAAUCCCUUGUGAGAUGGACAUGGUCUACUAAAAACUACUGUGCCUAUUCCAUUUUGAAGGGGAAUGGAUGGUAUCCUCUUCAGAUCUAUUAGAAGUGGAUUCUGCAGUUUAAACAGCCAUGCUAGGCAUGAAUGAAAAUUGUCUGCUUAAUUCUUUUAGAGCUUCUGGCCUCUUGAACUGCAGAAGACUUCAGGACCUCAGCUUCAUGCCAGCUAUUAAUUUCUUUAGGCACUUUGUCCAUCUCUUAAGCUUUGUAGGUCAUACAGUACAUCUCUGUGCACAACCCCAUCCAGUUAGCACUCUACAUAAACUAACAUGUUUUUCAGAGAAAGUUGCUGUCUACCUUUCCAGGAGCUUAUAGUUUUACUUCCAGGAUCCAUUUUUAACCUUAUCAUUGGGUAGCUGUUUUUAACCUUAAAUUUUAACUUAGUAAUAAAAUGGAUUUUACUUAGAUUUUAGGACAGGCCAAAAAAAAGUACUUCAUACUACACAAGAUAACAUGCUGGGUACUGGCUGGAAUGGCUUUAAAGUGGAACUAUGGCUUUUCUUUUAUGUAUUCAUCUGUUUUUAGUCAAUGAUAAAUGGAGGCUCCCCAUUCAGAAACAAGUGUGCUUCUGAAUGCCAAUGGCUGGGUUGGUGUAAAGAAAAUGAAGGCACAUUGUAAUGGCUGGCUUGUGGGGUUUCUUAACAACCUUCCAGUUAGCAGCUGUAGAAAGAAGCAUCUGGCCUUUUCUAAGCAGAAUUUAGCAACGGAAUAUUUAUCUUUUUGAGCCUUGUAUUGUACCACUGGUACAACGCACCAACUGAUGUACCCCUGGAACAUGACUCAAGUCAUAAUGAGAAUUAGCCUUAUUCCCCUUGUUUCCUCUGACAUUACAAGAAGUAUUACUGAAGACUUAGCUUGUAAACUGGGGCACUGAUAAGAGAUGCACAGGAACCAUUGUUCCCCUGAAGUUGUUUCAAGUGUAAGUGGAACCAUGUUUGAAAUGCAGCUGUUCUGAGUUGCUGUUUAGAUUUUCUCUCUUCUAGACCUCGCCACCACCACCACAAAGAAAUUCUGUAGCAGGACAAACAUGACCAUGCAAACAUCCAAGUAUGGGCAUGCUCUUAGAACUGCUGAAGUCAUGUGCCUUUGGGGCAUAUGACUUUGUUUUCUUCUAUUGUGAUAAGGUGUCAGUAUACCCUUCCUCACAAUUCUUGCUUAAUUUUUCAAACCUACUUUUUACUUCAGUAGAUCUGUAUUCCCAUAUUAUUUUGCCAAGCAGAUGCAAAGUAAGAGAGUGCUUGCAUGGAAGGCAUGGAGUAAGACUGAGGGUCCUGAACCCCUUUUGCACUUGCUGAUUCUUUCCUGCAAGUAUGUUGCCAGGCUGUAUUCCUCAGUAUUAGAACUUGGCUGCAGAAACAAAGUCAAAUUCUUUCUUGUAAAUGUAUCCCUAGUCUUUAAAGGAGGCAGCAUGGUUUCCCAUCCAUUGUCUGUGCCCUGCAGAGGCUAGAUGUUUUCUUUAGCAGAGCAAGAAAAUCAUGAGGUUGAGAGCCCUGUGUUUGCCUCGAAAUAAGUAGCCCUGUCUCUUAAGCUUUAGUUCCAGGAUCUCAUAGAUAAGGUUUUGUCCCUCUUCUUUCUUUUUCCAUGUUGUAGUGGAGAGUUGAGCUAUAAGAAGCAAAUGGGAGCUGCCUCGACAGCCAUAUUUUGAAGUGAAGCAAAGCAAAGUGUUGCACUUUCUAUACUUAAAAUGUUUUUCUGUUCGUUUUUGAGAACAUUCCAGCUCUUCUAGGGAUGUGUCUGGUUGAGGAUCCAGAGUCAUUCUGGCCUCAUGCUUCAUUUCAACCCAUUUGCUUUUCUUUUUUCUGUAUCUGAUAUUUUGCCCUUCCCUGUUUCAGCAAGGUAGGUGAUGGUUCUGAGCUGGUCUCUGAGUAAUGCUGCUACCUUUGCUGUUUGAAAGUUAAUGAACCAGAUCAAUUUUGAUAAAGCUGUUUUUUUUCUUUUUUAAGAGGAGGAUGUGGAUGUAACAAAUCAGGCUCUGUGAGAAGCGACUGCUAAACAAUGCAGCAUAAAUUGCUUUGUUGAUAUGAGCAGGCCUCAGUUUGAUAGCUGUCCUCUUCAUGUGCCAGUGAAUGAUUUUCUGCCAUAUAGUGUAGGUGCAAUAUCCUGAGCCAUGGGGUGUGUGGCCCUCAGUUUAAGGUAUUGGUCUAGCUAAUCCAAUAAUCUCUGCCCAAGUCUGUCUGUUAUAAGAAGUUGUUGUAAGAAGGGGGCUUGAUGAGACAUCAUUUGAUUGCUGUAUUUUUUCUUUUCUUUCCCCAGACCAGUUUAGCUGGUUAAACUCGUAGAGAAUUCCAUUGCAAAAGGUGUCAAGCUCCAUUUUUAUUUUAUUGCAGUAGGACAUACGGAGGUGUUGAGAUUUAAACGUUAGCGGGGGCUUUGUAUAGGUCAAUGAGCCACGCACAGGAUUAGCAUUGGCUUGUUUCCAAGGAAGAUCAGUCCCCCACUCUCUCACCUUUGGGCCAGGUUUAUCAUUGUGCUUGGAUGUGCAGUUGAAUUGCUCCCUCUGAAGGACUUACUUGCUGGCACAGUGAAAGUUUAGUGUUAAAGUCAGAUCCUAAGAACCACAUUUCCAUGUCUUUUUUAAAGUUGCUUUUUAAGAGAGUUACAAUUCUGGU